GUGAGAUCAGUUGAGCGCACGAAAUGAAGACUCACUUUCACUCAACACCGCUCAUUUUCCGACAGCCGCUGAGGUUUGCGAGAAAUGCAAGAUAAAUCAAAGUAACCGACGCGAAUUUUGCAAAUAACUGUACUCUUAUUCAAAAUGUAGAAAUGUCACUGGCGCUCAAUGAGGUGCAACAGCAAUGGAGGGAAGAUCCACAGCUAGUGCCUAGGCGCUACUCAACGCACAGCUCAGUGCAAGGCAGCUCAGCUCAUUUCACCCAAAAUGUGUGCGCUUACGGCGAAAAACUAUGACGAUCAACGUUCAACGCCUCGAACCAUGCACAAUCACAGUUGGACCGAGCACGGGCUCAGUGGUUAACGGCUUGUGGCACGUAAUUCGUGGUUACAGUUUUUUCUUCUCCACUUGUCUAUUGUGUGUACAUUUGAGGAUUUGCAUUUGUUGAAGCUCAGCUCAGCUCAGCUUAGUUCAGCCCAGCGCUCAGGCUGCAAAGCUAUAAAAGCGCACCACAGGCGGACGGACGCCACCAGUUGAACGCGAACGGGCAUUUGGAGACAAUCGUUAUUAUUGAAUGGCAGUAAACAACAAUAGCAAACAUAAUAGUAGCUGCUGAAGAGGAAGUGCCUGCCUGCCUGCCUGCCUGACUUGUGGAUUAACUAAAUAGUAGAUAAAUAGUGUUUGUGAAUGCUGAAUGUGCAAGUAAGCAUAGUGAACGACUAAGUGUGCAGACAUUAAGACAUACAUACAUAUGUGGAUGGCAUGAAGAGGGUGGAAAGCGCUAAUUAAGUGGCAUAUGUACCUAUAUACAUACAUACAUACGAGUACAGUAAAAUAUAUAUUUAAAUACAAGUGCUUGUGCCCGAACCGAUUCUACAUACGAUUUAUGCAAUAUUAUACAAUAUUAACGUGCGCAUAUUCAUUUGUAUGUGUACUAAUUAAUUGUGCACUAUUUAAUGGCCAAAGGACUUAAUUAAUCGUUGUCUGUGAAAGAUUUGAACACACAACCGCAUGUGAAAAGUGUAGCCAGACACAGCGCUACAUAAACGUUUAAAAGCAUAUUAAGCAAAAAUAUAGAAAUAUCACAAAAAAAUAUAAUAAGUCUACAAAUUAUUUGAAAAAAAAAAUAAGUAAAGUAAAAUAAAGUGUACGUCAGCAUGUCACUCGAAGUUUUAAAGGAUCACGUUCUGAUUUCGCCCGGUACUGUUUUCUACUUUCUGCUGCUUCCCACCUUUCUGCUAUGGCUAACUUAUUGGCGUCUAUCGCGACGUCAUCUCUACAAGUUGGCCGAUCGUUUGCCGGGACCUAAAGGAUUGCCCAUUAUUGGACAUUUGUUGGACGUAUUCGGGCCGGCAUCAUCGGUAUUUAAGACGGUCAUACGCAAAAGUUCCGAAUUUGAAAAUAUCGCCAAAAUGUGGAUCGGUCCACAGCUGGUCGUUUUCAUUUACGAUCCACGUGACGUGGAAAUUUUGCUAAGCAGCCAGAUUUACAUAGACAAAUCAUCGGAGUACAAGUUCUUCAAGCCAUGGCUCGGUGAAGGAUUGCUCAUUAGUACAGGUGCAAAAUGGCGCGCUCAUCGCAAGCUGAUCGCUCCAACAUUUCAUUUGAAUGUGCUGAAGAGUUUCAUUGAUCUAUUUAACGAGAAUUCACAGCUCGUGGUGCGUAAAUUGCGUGCUGAGGGGGCGAAAACAUUUGAUUGUCACGAUUAUAUGAGCGAGGCGACAGUGGAGAUCUUACUUGAGACCGCAAUGGGUGUUUCCAAGAAAACCCAGGACAAAUCGGGCUAUGAAUACGCUUUGGCCGUAAUGAAAAUGUGCGACAUACUACAUUUACGCUCACGUAGUAUACUGCUACGUAAUGAAUUCAUCUUCACGCUCUCUAAAUAUUAUCACGAACAGGGUAAACUGCUGAGUAUCAUACAUGGACUCACGACAAAAGUGAUCAAAUACAAGAAAGCCGCAUUUGCCAAUGGCACACGCGGUUCACUGGCACAACAAGAAGUGGUCGCUAAAAAGAUUACGCCGCCACCAACACCAAAAACAGCAGUAAAAGAAGCAAGCUUAAAAGAAACAUCCGUUGAGGGUUUGUCAUUUGGCCAAUCGGAGGGUUUAAAGGAUGAUCUAGAUGUCGAAGAGAAUGAUGUGGGUGAGAAAAAGCGUUUGGCCUUUCUCGAUCUGCUGUUAGAGAGCGCACAAAAUGGUGCUUUACUCACCGAUACCGAGAUAAAAGAACAGGUCGACACGAUUAUGUUUGAGGGACACGAUACCACCGCCGCCGGCUCAUCUUUCUUUCUCUCAUUGAUGGGCAUCCACCAGGGCAUACAGGAUAGAGUAAUUGCCGAGUUGGAUGAAAUAUUCGGUGACUCAGAACGGCCAGCCACAUUUCAAGAUACUUUAGAAAUGAAAUAUAUGGAACGUUGUUUGAUGGAAACGUUCCGCAUGUACCCGCCGGUGCCGUUGAUAGCACGUGAACUACGGGAAGACUUAAAAUUGGCAUCCGGCCCAUAUGUUAUACCGCGUGGUGCCACCGUUACAGUGGCUACCGUUAAAUUGCAUCGCAAUCCAAAAGUCUAUGAGAAUCCAAAUAUAUUUAAUCCUGACAAUUUUUUGCCUGAACGUCAAGCCAAUAGACAUUACUAUGCUUUUGUGCCGUUCUCAGCGGGUCCGCGGAGUUGUGUUGGUCGUAAAUACGCCAUGCUUAAACUGAAGAUACUACUAUCUACCAUUCUACGAAACUAUCGCGUCUAUUCAGAUUUGAGUGAGUCCGAUUUUAAGCUACAAGCCGAUAUCAUAUUGAAACGUGAGGAGGGCUUCCGUGUACGCUUGCAGCCGAGACAACCCAAGCCGAAGUCAAUAUAAAAGACUCAACCGUCUAAUAAUUUUAUAAUUAUACUAGGUUUUGGAUUCACAUACAUUCAAAUAUAUAUACAUAUAUUUUUCACAUACUUGA